UGUAGGAUAACAGAGCGGGGCACUGGGGGAGGCACAGCCAGAGGGCAAAUGCCCCCAUUUUUACCAAAGUGUCACGAUAGGCAACAGAACGUGGAUACUGUAAAAGGAGGUAUGGAAAUGAGUGGGACUCAUACCUCUGGCUUCUUCCUGGCCUGCUUGGAAUUUCUUUUUUGUCCUUUACUGGGUGGCGGCAGCAUUCAUCUACAUCUGGAAGGCACCUGGAUGACUCUGAAGAGAGGCAAAUACAAGUCUUUUGAGAGCUACCUCUCAAAGGCUCCAUGUGAACCAUGCUUGCCUCUUUGGCACUCACAAGGAUAUGAAGAAAAAAAUGUUCCUCCCUUGUCAUACUGGGCAGAAGCUGGAUCCAAAUACAGAGCUACAGUUUUGUUACAGCGCCAUUUCCAAGAUGGCUGUACUGCAUGCCAGUGUAAAGGUUCUUGCCUCUGCAUUGCUGGCUAGGACUGAAUUGUGUCUGGCUAUGGACCAUCGUGGCCACUAUAGGAUACAGAGCAGCAUCCUUGAGCUGCACUCACUUGAUGCCAAGAACACCAUCGAAUGCUGACAAGAGAGCUGUCCUUUGCCGAGCGUCCCCUGCACAGUUGUUUAUUUAGAACUAAAGCAGCUUGGUAGAUAAAGCCAGAACCUUGUCCUUUGAAGACGUGACUGUGUCCAGUACUGAGAGACUUAUGCUAGGGCCUGACAGUGAUCCAGUGAGUUGAGCAAAGGCAUCCACAGAGCCAGCUCUGAUCUCUGAGACCCAGAUGCACACUAUUGAGUUCAUAUCUCUGCAUUUACCCAGCUCUGUACAGAGCCAUGUACUUUUUCCUCACUACACCCUGGUGAACAGCCUCACCAACAGAACAUUCUUCUGAAGGCAUGCCCUCUUUCUGGAGCAAAACUCUUGAACUCAGGACAGUGCAUAUCUGAGAUGUUUAGUCAAUUCCUUGGCCUUCACAACAGACAAGCAGUGGGAUCUGAAGGGCAGCUGUUGCCUGGGAUAGCCAGGCCACCUACUCAGAGUCACAUGUCAUACAUUUGUCAAUAUUAAUUAAUAGAGGAAUGUUUGGGGACAGUUUUUAUUGAGAGUAUCUAAUAGUUUUAUCAGGAAAGAGCACAAGAAUAAAAUGUGUGCUUCUUGUUUUGUACCCUUCAGUUGAGUGCCUUUUUUCCCCUCACAAGAUUUAUAAGGUUAGCAGCUGGCUUCUCUAAGAGCCUGAAUUUCCUCCAGAACAGUUCCCAUUUUAUUAAAGCAGAAUUUGCAUUGCUGUUCAGGGCUAAACUUUGGUUCAGCUGAUGUGUGACAGAAGCAUUCAGGACCUCCUGAGGAGGUCCCAGCCAUAGAGUCAAACACUGUCCCUCUCUACCACUGUCCUCAGCCAGGGCUGUGCAUCUGUGACCUAGAAAUGUGUCCAAAUGAUGAGAUGUCUGAGUCAGGCCAGUCCUCAGCAGCUGCAACACCCAGUACUACAGGUACCAAGUCCAACACACCCACAUCUUCCGUGCCCUCAGCAGCGGUCACGCCACUCAAUGAGAGCCUACAGCCCCUGGGGGACUAUGGCAGUGUCACAAAGAACAACAAGCGGGCCCGAGAAAAGCGCAACAGCCGUAACAUGGAGGUCCAGGUCACCCAAGAGAUGCGGAACGUCAGUAUCGGUAUGGGCAGCAGUGAUGAGUGGUCUGAUGUUCAGGACAUUAUCGACUCUACCCCAGAGCUGGAUGUGUGUCCAGAAACCCGUCUAGACCGCACAGGAAGCAGCCCAACCCAGGGAAUCGUAAACAAAGCUUUUGGAAUCAACACUGACUCCUUGUAUCAUGAACUAUCUACAGCAGGGUCUGAGGUCAUCGGGGAUGUGGACGAGGGAGCUGACCUCCUAGGGGAGUUCUCAGGAAUGGGCAAAGAAGUGGGGAACCUGCUACUGGAGAACUCACAGCUUCUAGAGACAAAAAAUGCUUUGAAUGUGGUGAAGAAUGACCUCAUUGCAAAGGUUGACCAACUGUCAGGAGAACAGGAGGUGCUGAAGGGUGAACUGGAAGCAGCCAAGCAAGCCAAAGUCAAGCUGGAGAACCGAAUCAAAGAGCUUGAAGAAGAACUGAAAAGAGUCAAGUCAGAGGCAGUAACCGCCCGCCGUGAGCCCAGAGAAGAGGUGGAGGAUGUAAGCAGCUAUCUCUGUACAGAAUUGGACAAAAUCCCCAUGGCCCAGCGCCGACGCUUCACAAGGGUGGAGAUGGCCCGAGUGCUCAUGGAACGUAACCAGUACAAGGAGCGCCUCAUGGAGCUGCAGGAGGCCGUGAGGUGGACUGAAAUGAUCAGAGCAUCAAGGGAGCACCCGUCGGUCCAGGAAAAGAAGAAGUCUACCAUCUGGCAGUUCUUUAGCCGCCUCUUCAGCUCCUCAUCCAGUCCCCCUCCAGCCAAGCGGUCCUACCCAUCGGUGAACAUUCACUACAAGUCACCCACUGCAGCUGGCUUUAGCCAGCGCCGCAGCCAUGCUAUGUGCCAGAUCUCAGCCGGCAGCCGACCCCUGGAAUUCUUCCCUGAUGAUGACUGCACCUCUUCUGCCCGGCGGGAGCAGAAGCGGGAGCAGUACCGCCAGGUUCGUGAACAUGUGCGCAAUGAUGACGGGAGACUGCAGGCCUGUGGGUGGAGCCUGCCUGCCAAGUACAAGCAGCUGAGCCCCAAUGGAGGCCAGGAAGACACCCGAAUGAAAAAUGUGCCUGUCCCUGUGUACUGUCGCCCUCUGGUGGAGAAGGACCCCUCAACAAAGCUGUGGUGUGCUGCUGGUGUCAACCUGAGUGGGUGGAAACCAAAUGAAGAGGACUCUAGCAAUGGACCCAAGCCUGCACCAGGUCGCGACCCUCUGACCUGCGACCGGGAAGGAGAAGGUGAACCCAAGAGUACCCACCCAUCACCUGAGAAGAAGAAGGUAAAGGAGGCCCCUGAGGCGGAUGCUACUUCCAGUCGGGUAUGGAUCCUCACCAGCACCCUGACCACCAGCAAGGUGGUGAUCAUUGAUGCCAACCAACCAGGCACAGUUGUGGAUCAGUUCACAGUCUGCAAUGCCCACGUCCUGUGUAUCUCCAGCAUUCCUGCUGCCAGCGACAGUGACUAUCCCCCUGGGGAGAUGUUCCUAGACAGUGAUAUGAACCCUGAAGACUCAGGAGCUGAUGGUGUGCUGGCUGGCAUCACCCUGGUGGGGUGUGCUACCCGCUGCAAUGUCCCACGAAGCAACUGUUCCUCCCGAGGAGACACCCCAGUACUGGACAAGGGGCAGGGGGAUGUGGCAGCCACUUCCAAUGGGAAGGUCAACCCAUCCCAAUCCACAGAAGAAGCCACAGAAGCCACAGAGGUCCCAGAACCUGGUCCCAGCGAGUCAGAAGCAACAACAGUCCGGCCUGGGCCCCUCACAGAGCAUGUCUUUACUGACCCAGCACCCACCCCAUCCUCUAGCACCCAGCCUGCCAGUGAAAAUGGGUCAGAGUCUGAUGGCAGCAUUGUACAGCCUCAGGUGGAGCCCAGUGGGGAGCCCUCAGCAACUACCAGUAGUGCUGCACCUACCAUGUGGCUAGGAGCCCAGAAUGGCUGGCUCUACGUGCAUUCAGCGGUAGCCAACUGGAAGAAGUGUCUCCACUCCAUCAAGCUAAAAGACUCUGUGCUGAGCCUGGUGCAUGUCAAAGGCCGAGUGCUGGUAGCUCUUGCAGACGGGACCCUGGCUAUUUUCCAUCGUGGAGAGGAUGGCCAGUGGGACCUGAGCAACUACCACCUAAUGGACCUGGGCCACCCACACCACUCCAUCCGCUGCAUGGCUGUUGUGGAUGACCGAGUUUGGUGUGGCUACAAGAACAAGGUGCAUGUCAUCCAGCCCAAGACAAUGCAGAUUGAGAAAUCAUUCGAUGCCCACCCAAGGCGGGAAAGCCAAGUACGGCAGCUGGCCUGGAUCGGGGAUGGAGUGUGGGUCUCUAUUCGCUUGGAUUCUACCCUUCGGCUCUACCAUGCCCACACCCACCAGCACCUGCAGGAUGUGGACAUUGAGCCCUAUGUUAGCAAGAUGCUGGGUACCGGCAAGCUGGGCUUCUCCUUCGUGCGCAUCACAGCCCUACUCAUUGCAGGCAACCGCCUGUGGGUGGGCACUGGCAAUGGGGUUGUCAUCUCCAUCCCCUUAACUGAGACUGUGGUCCUGCAUCGAGGCCAGCUCUUAGGGCUCCGAGCCAACAAGACAUCGCCAACGUCUGGGGAGGGAACCCGCCCAGGGGGGGUCAUCCAUGUGUAUGGGGAUGACAGCAGUGACAAGGCUGCCAGUAGUUUCAUCCCCUACUGCUCCAUGGCUCAAGCUCAGCUCUGCUUCCACGGGCACCGUGAUGCUGUUAAAUUCUUUGUCUCUGUGCCAGGAAAUGUGCUGGCCACUCUCAAUGGCAGUGUGCUAGACAGCCCCUCAGAGGGCCCUGGGCCUGCUGCACCCACUGCAGAUGCCGAGGGCCAGAAGUUGAAGAAUGCACUGGUGCUGAGUGGUGGUGAAGGUUACAUUGACUUCCGCAUUGGAGAUGGAGAGGAUGAUGAAACUGAAGAAGGUGCCGGGGAUGUGAACCAGACAAAGCCCUCGUUGUCCAAGGCUGAGCGCAGCCACAUCAUCGUGUGGCAGGUGUCCUACACCCCUGAGUGAGACCCUGUCCUGCCUGAUGCCAACUGUACAUAGGACCCUACCUGCCUGUCCCCCUGCCUGUUCCCUGGGGCAGCCAGGUUCGUCCAUCCCCUUUUAACCUCUCAACUUGCAGCUUUUGCCUGAGGUCCAGCCCCCAGCUGUUAGAGAGGGGUGAAGCAGGGUUUGGGGAGUGAGGCAGGAACAGAUGUCUUUCCCAUCAGGGAGGAGAGAGCCUCUGAGACACUCUCUCCAGUAGCCACUGGCCUUGGCCCAACACCCAGCCCAGUGUGAAGUCCCAGGGGACCCUCAGGGCAAGGCAGGACCAAAAUGGCUAUAGGAAGCCCCUACAGGUGGCCCUGGCUCCACUCCAUCCUCACCAGUCCUGGCAGGAGCAAGAGCCUCAUACCGCCAGUCUUCUCCAAGUCUACUUGCUUUGCAUGCAGCCCUGAGGAAGGGAUUCUUGAUUUCCAACCCUUUGCUCUCUCUGAGGGACCCAGGCCUAGCCACCAUCCUCUGCCCAGAAGCAAUGUUAGGGCUGCCCUGAUUCCUGGGCCCCAGCCAGCCUUCUCUGGGCUUUCCCCAUCUCCACACUUACAUUCCCUUGGCCCCCACCCUGGGUCUUAACCUAGGAACCUGGCAUGAACGCUCAGGGCCAGCCUCCCUAGGGCAGCGGCUUCAAAAGAUGACAAAUAUCCAGUAACCCAGGGGAGCCCAAGAUUGUCUACCCCUCACAGACCAGUGUCCCCUAGGCUCUUCCUGGGCACAAGAUUCACCUUAGAGGAGCAAGACCCUAGUGCCCUGCCCCUCCCAGAAGCCCCAAGGGUAGAAUUUCUCAGGCUGCCAGGGCAGGCACAGGCCUCAGGAAGAAGGGUGGCCCUGGUCUCCCCAGAGUCAGUCCUAGGAUGCAGGCUUAGCCUCAGGUUAAUGGAGGAUGGUGUGCUCCAAAGGCCUGCCUCCUGCACAGGGCUCCAAGGGAGCCUAGCUCCCGGACACGUACUAAGUGCCUAGGGCUGCGGGCUGUGGCCUGCUCCCUUGGAGAGCAACUGACAAGAGGCUUCCAGGCAGAGGCCAGAAGAGCUGAGGACCGGCCAGGAGGGGCACAACUCUAAGCAAGUGUGUGGAAGCGGGUUCUGCCCUGGCCCUGGCCUUACUCUUCAGGGCACUGAGGAGAGUCAGUUGGCCUCCACUGCACUCUUCCCACCAGAGAAGCACAGAUCGGGGCACUGCCCCUGAGCCUAUCUGGCCACAACAAGCUGCAGCCAUGUACCGCUGCAGGCUUCUCCCCACCACCCUGCCACCUCUCCACUGUGAUGUAUGUCCCUUGUCCGUUCCCACAGGAGUGUGAAGUGACUGGGGUUAGCUGGGUGGGUGCAACUGGAGGGAGGGGCCAGUGCAACUCUCCUCAGGCUUUGGCCUUGCAAGUGAACUCACAUAUCUGCUCUGUAUGUAAUAAAUGUCUUAACACUACUUUUGUCUUGAAACUGCA